AUGCAAUAUGCAUGCUAAAUGUGGUUAUGUAGUUAUGUGAAUUGAGGAAGUAGAACACCAACACUUUUAAAUAACAAUAUUUUUAUACAUGCGUAAUAGUUAAUAUUAUUAACUAAAUCUGUAUUGCUAUUUGCCAAAUUUAACCAAUAAUAUUUAUUUUUGUAUUGCCUUCAUCACAUUCAAUAUCAUAGUAUACAUCCUAAAUUCUGUAGAUAUGCUUACUUGAUGAGUUAGUAGAUUUAAAUUUGAUGAAUUUAACUUGUCGUCAAUCACUACGUCAUUUUAUAAGCAAAUAUAUUCGAUCAAACAAAACUAUUAUGAACGCAUUAUUGCCACCAGAUGAAGUACGAGGUAUGAAAGUUUUUAAAAUUGAUAAAUUCACAAAACCUGUAACUGUACCUGUUAUAGUAUUAAAUAAAAAUUAUGUUGAAAGUGCUAAUAAAGUAUUAAAAAAAUAUAUUAUUAAGCUAAACAACUUCAAGCCUAUUCGUAAUGGCUCUAAUGAUUCUGAAUGUGUUUUUUAUCUUGAUCCAGCCAAAUUUUCUUCGUGUGAAGAUCUAAACUUAACCUUUAUUUCCACUAAAAAUUUAAAAUAUGUACAAAUUGAGGUGGGCUAUAAUAAUUGGAAUCAUGAUGAAAUACUUAAGGCAGUCUUGCCUGAAAAAUCUAUGUUAUCAAGUUAUUCAGCAAUUGGAUCAAUUAUACAUGUGAAUUUAAAACCAGAGUUGUUGGAUUAUAAGGAUAUUAUUGGUCGAGUACUUAGUGAUAAACUAAAGGGGUGUAAAAGUGUAGUGAACAAAAUUGACAAUAUAAAUAAUGUGUAUAGAAACUUUGAAUAUGAAAUUAUUUAUGGUUCAUCUGAUUUAAAAACUACAAUUAAAGAAAAUAAAUGCUUAUUUGACCUAGAUUUUUCAGAAGUUUAUUGGAAUCCAAGACUAUGUACUGAACAUGAACGUAUUUUGCAAAAAUUAAAAUCAGGUGAUAUUUUAUAUGAUGUGUUUGCUGGAAUAGGACCAUUUUCCGUACCGGCUGCAAAAUUGGGAUGUAUAGUAUUAGCUAAUGAUUUGAAUCCUAAUAGCUGUAAAUGGUUAGAAAUAAAUAAAAAAAAGAAUCGUAUUAAAGAUGAACUUUUAACAAUUAUCAAUAAAGAUGGGAGUAAAUUUAUUCAAGAAGAUUUAAAGACACAUUACAUUUCAUGGUCAAAGACAAUUACUUCAGAAAAUAAAAUACAUGUGACAAUGAAUUUACCAGCAAUUGCUGUUGACUUUAUAAAGUAUUUUAAUAAUUUAUUUGAAUGGGAAGAAAUAUCUGAUAAUUCUCUACCAAUUUUACAUGUUUAUACGUUUGUAAAAACUGAUAAAAAUUAUGAAGAAGGCCUAAAAUCAAUAAUGGAAGAAUACUUUAGUAAUGUCAAUAAUGAUGAUAUUCAAGAAAUUAUAAGAGUCAGAAAUGUAGCACCUAAUAAAGAAAUGGUUCGAAUUACAUUUCAAAUGAGGAAGGACAUAAUUUGUAAAUCUGAAAGCAUUAAAAAAAGAAAAUUAAAUGAAAUUAAAAUUGAUGAUAGUGUUAAAAAGAACAAAGAGGAUUCAUAA